AUGGACCAGGUGGGACCCCGGGAUGCCGAACGCUCCAAUCUGAGACUGCUCGAGCUGCCCGGAGGCCCCACGGCGGGCUCCCCCGCCGUGGGCGUGCCCGCCCUGGUGCAGGACUCCGCGCCCGAUGCCGGCCACGCGCGCAUGUACGACGGCACCCUGUGGAGCUGCGGGCGUGAGCUGGAGGACCCCGCCCGGCGCACGUGUUUCCUGGUCUGCCUGUGCCCAGGCGCCGCUUUCGGAUCAAACAAACAACGUGUGCAGGACGACAAGCGAGCAUCCAUCUUUUGGGGCGUCCUAUUUUCAUUUUUGGUUUUUGCACCAUUCGUGGCGCUCCUGACGACUUUCGAGAGGAAGUGUGACUCCCCCAUGGAAGAGCACACCUGCCACCUAGUUGUUGACGUGGACAAGUUGAAGUACAGGGUGGGGUUGGGCUCGGCCAUAUGUUUUGUGCCUCUUGUCACAGUCGGGGCGUGGAGCAGGGUGCACACUCGCAGAAAGUUCAGCAUCCAAGGGCCAGGGUGCUUCUUUCAGAAGACGGCUGUGUUUGAGGAUGUCUUGGCAUGGACGUUUUGCGCCUGCUGCGCCCUCUGCCAAGAAACGCGGACACUGGUGCACAACAAUGUUAAGAGGGGUGUGUGGCACGGACCAGAGGCUGUGGCUGUUGAUUUGCCAUCUCAACCCGCGGCCGGGGUGCCUGUUACAGCCCCUCCCCAGAUUGACUCAAUUCAGCUUAGCCAGGUGGCAGCUUGA